CGAAGGUUGGUCACGAGAAGACUACAAGUGUUGCACUCUUAUCCAUCGUUGAUUAUCUCAGCAUUUCUAGGGUUUUCGAAACCCCUAAAGGGACAGCACACACUCUCUCGCUCACCUACGAAUCUCAACAAUGGCGGACCGUUUACCCAAAGAAUUGAUUGCUGAAAUCCUCACAAGACUACCGGUGAGAGCACUUCUCAAGUUCAGGUGCGUUUGUAAAUCGUGGUGUUCUCUAAUUAGUAGCCCUAAAUUCAUCACUUCAAAGCUCAACCAAACAAUCCAUUUGAACAAAAUCAACAACACUGAUACACAUAUCAUUGGGCGUUACAUUAAUGACUACGAAGAAGGAGCAGGAGGAGAAGGUCGUUUUUCAGUAAUUCUCUAUGACGGUAGUUGUUUUAUAGAACUUGAAAACCCAAUACCGUACUGUCAUUCUGAAUUCCACAUAUUUGGUUCUUGUAAUGGUUUGGUAUGUCUCUCUGAUAACGUCUUUGAUAGUGUCUUUAAUAAGUUGAAUAAUUUAAUUUUGUGGAAUCCAAGUAUUAGAAAAUCUAUGAGGCUUCCAAUGUCCAGCAUUGGCAUUGAUUCACAUGGCCUGCGUAGGGUUGUUGAUGGGUAUGGCUUCGAUUACAAAACUAAUGAUUAUAAGGUGGUUAGAAUUAGUUACAUCAAUGAUCUUCCAGAUGCUGAGGUUGAGCUCUUCUCUCUUAAUAGAGGAUGUUGGAGAAGAAUUUGUGGUGUUGGUCCCCAUCAUCGUUUCACUUUUUAUCCACUUCCAUGUCAGGCUUUUGUCAACGGGAUUGUCCAUUGGGCCGGAGCCAAUUUGGACGCUGCUUCUGAUAUUUCAAUCUUGACAUUUGAUAUGAGCAGUGAGGUAUUCUGUAAGAUGAAGCCACCACCAGCUCCACCAAAUGGCUGGGUCGGAGCACGUAUGGCUGUUUCGGUGCUUAGGGAGUCACUUUGUCUUGGGCAUUUUGAUUUCUUGGUUAGCAAAGUUUCUAUAUGGGUGAUGAAAGAAUAUGGUGUUGUAGAAUCUUGGACCAAAUCAUUCUCUUUUGACGUGGAUGAAGGUUUUGGGCUAUUACUUGGUUUCAGGAGGAAUGGUGAUCUUCUUUUCUUUAAAAGAAAUGAUCACAUGUUUUCAAUUAACCGAGAUUCUCAACAAGCUGAGGAUGUUGGAAUACGGUUAUAUGGUGAUCCGGAAACAUUUUACGCUGUUCCUCAUGUAGCGGAGAGCUUAGUCUUACUUUAGGAAGUGAAUCAGGUCUUAAGAAGCCUAGUUUUCUAGUGCAGCUGUCACUAAUAAUUUUCUUAAAAGGAAAGCUUGGAGUUGGAGGAAUCAAGAAAAUUGCAAGAGAGAGAAUGAAGAAUGAACCACCAGAAACAUUCUCAUUUAUCCUUGCCCUUUUUUCUUUUUUCUUCGUAGCAUAGUAUCAGUAUUUCUGUCUUUAGUUCCAGUAUAUUGCAAAUUUGUUCAGAUUUUAGCUUUUCAUGAAUGUUGCAUGUCUUAUUUUAAAGUGAUGAUUCUUUACUCGAACGAUAUUGACUAUAUUUUAUGGAUUUCGUUCAUUCAUCAUUCACGUGUUUGAUAACUUGCCUUAUUCUUUAUUUAUUCUUUGCCAUGGGACAUGAUUUUAUAUGAUGGAAGUAAAAAUUACUAUCGAAAGAAAUGAUAGCCAAUUUGUUUGUGAAAUGACUUCUAGAUGUAAUGUUAGAGAUUAAUGUUUGAUUUGCUAUUAUGGUUUAUCCUCAAUAUUUGUUGGUAGAAACAAUGGGAACUAAUCUGAGUGGGAGGUUAUAUCUCUGUUGUUUUGUACUGUAUUUCCUUUGCUUUUGUGGGUUUCUUCUUGCUUUGUUUCCUGGUAGCCAACUUUUGAAUUGUGCUGUUUCUGGGAGAUCUUACUUUGUUUGUGUUUUGUUUAGUUGUUUGUUAAUAAAAGUUUACUUGGGGAAAAAAAAAAGUGUUCUCAAAUUUUAGCUUUUCAUGAAUUUUAAUUACAGCAUUGCAUCAAUAUACCUGUUAUUUAAAAGUAGUCAUUCAUUUACCAAAUGAUAUUGAUUAUAUUUCAUGGAUUUGGUUCAUUCAUGGCUGAUGUUUAACUUGUUUGAUGACUUGCCUUAUUCUAUCUUUAUUCUUUGCAAAGAGACAUGAUUUUAUGUGAUGGAAGUAAAAGUUUCCAAAAGAAAAUGAUAGCCAGUUUGUUUGUUGAAAUGAC